CGCCGGUGGAGGGCGGGGGGUACGAACGGGAACCUCGGCGGUGGCGGGGGGAUGCUCAGGGGAGCCCUCAGCAGGUUCCUGGUGAAAUGAGCAGCAAAGCACGAGCCUCAGGUGUUUGCUGGCAGCUGGGCAAGGUGCACAGGGCUCCUGGGAGCCUGCAGGCAUGGAAAUCCCAGCAGGACUGAGCUGAUCGAGCUGUGCCCUUCAGGAGGACCCAGCACUUCCAAGGGGCUUUUUCCACCCAAAUUUUCCCUUGAUUAUGAGCUGUUCCUCAAGAGUAUUCUUCUAGAUCCGUGUUUUUCCUGGGAAUGGAGGUGCCCUUUGUGCUUCUUCUGACCAGGCUCGUGGCAGAAGUUGCUGGAAAAUCCACAGAAAACUCGGUGCCAGACCCGGAAUGUUGUGUGGAAAUGUUGGAUUCCAACAGCUCCUGCCCUGUCAGCCACCAGUGCAGCCCAGGAUGCUACAGGAGGUGGAAUGAGGAUGGGAGCAGCAGCUGCAUCAAAUGCAGGAAUGAGACCCUGCCCAGCCCCUCUGGGCACAACCUCAGCGAGUGCAGGAAUUCUGGGAGCAGAGGGCUGAGCUCCCACCUGAACGUGAGCACUCCUUUCAUCCAGAACUUUGGGGGCCCCGAAGUCGCCGCCUCGCUGAUUUUGGGGACGUUUUUCCUCAGUUUGUUCCUGAUCCUCUCUGUGGCUUCUUUUUUCUACCUCAAACGAGCCAACAAACUCCCAAAGAUUUUCUACAGGAGGAACAAAGCAUCUGUUCUCCAGCCCAGUGAAACAGCAUCCAUGAUCUCUCCUCCAGCUUCUUCAGUGCGGAAGCCGCGCUACGUCCGCCGCGAGCGCUCCCUGGGCCCGCCCGGCCCCGCCGACAGCCGGGUCAGCAACGUGUGACCCCAGCCCCGGAGCGCCCCUGCCCCUCUUCCCGAGCCCGGGAAAUCCCCGGGAGCUGCUGAUCCCGCAGGAAUCCCAAAGGGUUUGUGCCAAAUCUCAGCCCCGGCGGGAUCGGGGGCUUUGGAGGGUCCUGGUGCUGCUCCGGGGGUUCCUGCCGGAGGAUGGGGGAAUUCCUCAGGGAUUCGGGGGGAUUUGUGGUGUUGGGGGAGAAUUCCUGAGGGA